AUGGAUCGUAGUUGGAUGAGAGCUAAUCGAUUAAGUGAUGAGUACGAACAUGGAGUGAUGGAAUUUCUAGAGUUUGCUGAAGGUAAUGCUAAAAAAGAUCUUCCUCCUCCUAAAAGUAAUGCUGAAGAUAGUCACCCUACGCUUUUUCUCUGUCCAUGUGUUCGUUGUGCAAAUAGAGAACCAAAGCUUAGUAAGAAAGAAAUCACAGAUCAUCUAAUUUGUGAAGGUAUUUGUCAAAGUUAUACACAAUGGAUAUGGCACGGUGAAGCGGUAGCAAAUUCAAAUGUGUCCCAAAGAGAUAAUGUUAGUGUAGAAAUGGAUGAUCGUCUGGAAGACAUGAUGCGUGAUAUUGGACAAGAUUCGUUUAAGAGGGCACAAGCGUAUGAUAGCUUAUGCAUUGACAAGGAUACACCUUUGUACCCGGGAUGCACAAAUUUUACACGUUUGUCAGCCGUGUUAAAAUUGUUUAAUCUGAAGGCAAUUAACGGGUGGACUGACAAAGGUUUUACCGAAUUACUUGAAUUGUUGACACAAAUGCUUCCAGAAGGUAACGUACUGCCAAUUCAUUAUUACGAGGCUAAGAAAAUACUGUGUCCGAUGGGUUUGGAGUAUGAAAAGAUACAUGCAUGUCCUAAUGAUUGCAUAUUAUACAGAAAAGAGUAUGUAAACUAUAACCAUUGUCCGAAGUGCAAGGCGUCACGCUACAAAAAGAGACAUGGUGAAUCUAGUGAUGAUGAUGAGGUCAAAAAGGGUCCUCCUGCGAAAGUGGUAUGGUACCUACCAAUAAUUUCAAGGUUCAAGAGAUUAUACGCUAAUGCAAACGAUGCAAAGAAUCUUAGAUGGCAUGCAGAAGAAAGAAAAUGUGAUGGACAAAUCCGCCAUGUAGCUGAUUCUUUGCAAUGGAAGAAAAUUGAUUAUUUGUUUCCAAAUUUUGGCAAAGAGUCGAGAAACCUUAGACUUGGACUUGCUACUGAUGGAAUGAAUCCGUUUGGUAAUCUAAAUACUAAACAUUCUUCUUGGCCUGUUCUUCUGAUGAUUUACAACCUAUCUCCUAGACUUGUUGUGGGAGGAAGGGUGGAUGUUUUCGAUGCGCAUUCUGGUGAACAGUUCAAUAUGCGUGCCAUGUUGUUUUGCACCAUCAACGAUUUUCCGGCAUAUGGCAAUUUGUCUGGGUAUAAAGUUAAAGGGCAUAAAGCGUGUCCUAUAUGUGAAAAAGACACAUGUUACCAUCAGCUUGAAAAAGGAAAGAAGACUGUUUAUCUCGAGCAUCGAAAAUUUCUAAAUCGUUAUCAUCCAUAUCGUAGAUUGCGGAAAGCUUUCAAUGGGGAACAAGAGCAUGGUGUUGCUCCAAAGCCCCUAACUGGAGAGGAAGUUUAUCAACGACAACAGGGCAUUACUGCUGUCUUUGGAAAGUACCAAAAGCGGCCCGUUGUGAAAAAUAUAUGGAAAAAGAGGUCGGUUUUCUUCGAUCUUCCAUAUUGGUCUAGUCUUGAGGUAAGACAUUGUAUUGAUGUGAUGCACGUGGAGAAAAAUGUAUGUGAUAGUGUAAUCGGAACACUUCUCAACAUUCAAGGCAAGAAAAAGGAUGGUAUUAAUGCUCGUCUAGAUUUGGGCGUGAUGGGUAUACGAGAAGAGCUAACUCCACAAUAUAUAGGUAACAAGACGUAUCUGCCUCCUGCCUGCUACACUUUGUCGAAAAAAGAGAAAACAAGUUUUUGUGAGUGUUUAGAAAGUAUCAAAGUGCCGCAUGUGGCUAUUCGUGGGAUAUUGCCUAACAAUGUUAGGAAGACUAUAACUAGGUUGUGCCUGUUUUUCAAUGCAAUUUGUUGCAAAGCCAUUGAUCCAUUAAAGUUAGAAGAUUUGGAAAAUGAGGCUGCAGUUAUCUUGUGCCAAUUAGAGAUGUUUUUUCCUCCUUCAUUUUUUGACAUUAUGGUUCACUUGAUUGUUCAUCUAGUAAGGGAGAUUAUAUUAUGUGGUCCAAUUUUUUUACGGUGGAUGUAUCCAAUAGAGCGAUACAUGAAGAUCCUAAAAGGGUAUACCAAGAACCCACACCGUCCGGAAGCAUCGAUUAUUGAGAGGUACAUCGCAGAAGAAGCAAUUGAGUUUUGUUCUAAUUAUUUGUCGGAAGUGAAUGCUGUAGGGGUUCCCAAGUCUCGUCAUGAUGGAAGAUGUGAGGGUGUGGGUACACAAGGUUUAAAGAUCAAGAGCUUAAGUAUUGAUGUGGUUGUUCAAGCGCAUUUGUAUAUAUUGAAUAACACGGAUGAAGUUCAACCUUACUUAUCUGCUCACAAAAGCAUCAUAAAGAAAAAGUACCCCAAGAUGAGUGAAAGAGGGUUGUUAAAAGAGCAUAAUAAGAGUUUCUCUGAGUGGUUUAAAGAAAAAAUUGCUGGUGAUGAUAGUGCUUCAAAAACAAUUAAGUGGUUGUCCUAUGAGCCUAAAUGUAACAUAUUAACUUGGAGUGGAUACGAUAUUAAUAAAACUUCCUUUUAUACAAAGGCAAAGGAUGACCGUAGUACCACGCAAAAUAGUGGGGUUAUGAUUGUGGCCGAGUCCAUGCACUUCUCUAGUGCUAAAGAUAAAAACCCGGUUAUGGCAUCUACGCCCUACUUUGGGGUGAUUGAAGAGAUUUGGGAAGUUGAUUAUGUUGUGUUUAAAGUUCCUGUAUUUAAAUACAAAUGGGUUGAUAUCAAUAGUGGUGUAAGAAUUGAUGAAUUUGGAGUUACACUGGUUGAUCUUAGCAAGUUAGCUUAUGCGGACGAACCUUUCAUCAUGGCAUCUCAAGCAAAACAAGUUUUUUAUGUCACAGAUCCUUCUAAUAAAAGGUGGUCAGUUGUUCUACAAGGAAAGGUGCAUGAUAGUGAUGAAAAUCAAGAUGCGAAUCUUGAUAUUUCAGAAACUCCUCCUUUCUCAACAAAUGUGCCUACCUUCAUUGAAGAAGAUGUAGAGGAUGAUGUGCAUGCUAUUCGCAUAGAUCAUGAAGAAGGGAUAUGGGAGAACUAG